UUAACAAAUUACGGAUUGUGGAUUGCUUUAAAAUGUUGGUGACUUAUUAUGUUAUUCAGGUAUUUGGAAUACUCCCUUGACUCGUCCAAGGUUCGAUCACAGGAUGCCGUCAGUGUGAUUAGAUACGUAGCUUCCAAUCCUGUUGGCAAGUACUUAGCCUGGACCUUCGUCCAAAAUAACUGGAAAACUUUGUUUGACAUGUAAGUGACACAUGAAGUAUAUUAUUGUUUUGGGGGGAAAUCAAAGUAGUGAGUUAGUACACGUGAAAAUUGCCUACCGUGGAGAAACGACACUCUCAUGUCACCCUGCGAUCAACACGCGCGGGGUUUGGUCCCUUAUCAAAGACAUGCAAAGAGAAAUCACCCGCACGGCUUUUGGUUGAUAUAGCAAACGACCGGAGACUAACGCGCGGCGUGUAGCUGAUGUAGCAUAUGACUAGUUCAAAGUCACUCUUGAUUCACUCGUCUUUUGAUUGAUGCAGCAAACAGAGAUCAACGAGCGUGGUUUUAGACUGGUUUAACAAAUGUUCCGCGCGUAGCAUUUGAUUGGUUUAGCGAAUAGAGCCCACCGAUAUCAAGGGGCCCGAAACACUUCAGUACCGUAAAUUGAUGUUUCUGUUGUCAACCGAUCAUCACAUUCCAAUAGUCAUUCGAAGAAAGCUUUUCUUUCACAAGGCUUCAUGCAGGGGACCAUCCUACAAAACCGCUUUUAUAAGCCUAACGAGAACACUGUAUCUGUUUUAAGUGAUGGCAAGGUAGAGAUCUUUUACUGAAGACUGUGGUAUAAGCUAUGAAAGCUCAUUAUUUCCAGUGACAAGCCUUGCUGAUUUGACGCCUGUCUUUGUGGUCAUUACAGGUUCAGCACCAGUACUUUCCGUAUGGCAAGCCUGACUAAUGCUGUGACUCAGUUUAGUACCGAGGCUGAUCUCCAACAGGUUGGUUACUUAAUCUUGUCACUCAAAUGUAGUUGUGCUAAAAGCUCCACGGUGUUUGCGUUUCGGGGAGUGUGUAGACGGUCAUGUACAUAAAAAAUCAGGUGGUUUUGGAAUGCCUUGGAAGUUGAUCUUUUAGUAUGACAAAAAAUGUUAUUGUCUGAAAAAUUACGGCAAAUUGACCAAGAAAUUACUUUGUAUGUCACUAAGAGGGAAAAUCUUCUCUUGACGUCAGCGAGAAUGGGUAAAUGUUGGUUGUUGCUGUUGUUGUUAUUUUUAAUUUUUAUUUCUAGACUUUUUGACUACAUAAGAUAAGUUUUGUGGCAAACAAAACGAGGCUGCUACUAUGACCUCCCUGUGCGAGAAUUGCGGUAGAGAGUUCUCUUAGACAUAAAGAAGUACAGUGUACUUGAAAAGUUAUUUGAAACAUCGAAUAGUUAGCUACUGCCAAUUACCAUACACAGGGCUGGUACAGAGUGUUGAUUUCUUGAAAAGGUCUUGAAAUUUGCCCGGCAAUUUUCCAGAAUGAAGAAGAUCUGGAGGUCUAAUAUGUCCAGGGAUGUAAAACUGUCAUUCUUCAAAGCCACUGUAGAAUCUGUUCUUCUUCAUGGUAGAUCUGUUCUUUCUUCAUGGACCCUAACCCCUACCCUUGUAACCAAGUCAUUUAAAAAUGGUUGCUACACUCGCAUGCUGCGGGUGGCCUUGAAUGUUUUCUGGCAAAGCCACACCUCCAAUGAAUAUCUUUAUGGAGAUUACCGAGAGUUGGAGACAAAGUAGCCGCAAGAAGGACUGAGACUUGCUGGGCACUGUCAAAGACAUCCCUACCUCCCAGCACACAAACUCGUCCUUUGGGAGCCAACCCACGGCCACAGUGGUAGAGGACCACCGAAAUCAACACUAGUUGAUAUCUUAAAGCGAGACUCUGAUGUAGACUCUAGUCAGGAGUUAGAAGCGCUGAUACACGAUCAAAGAGUUUGGAAUAACCUUGUCAAGGUUCUUCUGUAGCCUACUUAUUAGUAUUAUAAGUAGUAAUUUUCGAGACCUGGAAAAAGUCUGGAAAAUAGGCAUAAAGUCUGGAAAAAUGGUAAAAAGUCUUGAGUUUAUCUUGAUAGCUACAACUAGUGGUUUAUAAGUGAAAUUUUGUUUCGCUUUGGUCAAAUCUUAUUCAAUCUCGCCCGUACGUUCGCAGUGCUUCGCGAAAAACUUUGUUCCUGCUUUUUUAAGGUGUCUGUUGAUCACCUGUUUGAUAACCUUGGGUCUGGAAAAAUAAAUUAUUGUUUUGGAGUCUUGAAUUUUGGAUUCAAAAAUCUUAACGAACCCUGAUACACCACUUUAAGUUAUUUAAAUAAUCCUGGGUGGUUUAAACAACAGUAGAUAUACUGUCAUUAAUGCAAAUGUAGUAUAUUUUGCCACUUUACUAUCUUUGCUGAAAUUUUGAGACGUGGGCAGUUACUGCAUUAUUGAGUGACCGAAAUAACUUAUUAUGAUUGUUAAAUUUUCUUGCAGAUGAAGGCAUUUUUUGACCGUUCUGAAGCCGGAACAAGCGAGAAUGCUCGUAAACAAGCUAUUGAGCGCACACGGGCUAACAUCGACUGGCUGAAGAAAUACGAAAACACUAUCACGCACUGGUUACGUAAUGAAGCUGUUGGAGCUUAGAAAGGUCACCUUAUACGUAGGCUCUGUUAAACAGGCUUUUUUCUUUCCUUUCCGUUUAUAAACUUAUGGUGUUGUCCGUCCCCUGAAUUCAUCUCUUCUUUUGCUGUAUUUCAAGUCCCAGAUCUCUAGGCCCAACUACUUUAACUCAUGGUUAAGACUUUUGUAAAAGUACAUUUUAGUAUAUUUUUAAAUUUAUUUCUGUUUUAUUCCCUCAAUCUUCUUGUUGUCGUGCUGUUUUUUUUUUCUCAGCCUCAUUCGCUUUAUAGCGAUUUAUGCAGAAAGGACGGCGGAAAGAGAUAGCAGGCCUCUCUUUUUCCAGUUUCCCAUGGUCCCUUGCACUUCGUCACCAGUCACUUGCGUUUCGCACUCACUUUUGUUGGCGACCGAAGUGCGAAACAAAGUGCCUGAGGAGAAGGCAGGCCGUAUUCGGAAUUUUCAGUGAUUUAGGACCCCAUAGUGUUUUUGUCAUUAAUAGCUCAUAGAUCGUUCACCUUAACAUUAUAUCAACAGGGAUAAGAAAAAUCUAAGACAAAACUAGUUUUGUUACCCUGGGAGCAGAGAUUUCUCUCUUGUAUGGUAUUUAGCGUUUACGAAGUCGAUGGCGUCGCUUGUUAGUCGCGUAGUUGGU